UUUGUAGCUUUGCCGCAAAACAACUUAACUCGAACCUACGGGCAGACACAACAGCUGGAAGCGUCUAUAAAGCCGCUGCGUACACGGUGUUGGCAGUUUAGUCGUUCAUCUGCCGUGUGUGCCGUCACAUUCUGUGUGCUGUGAUAAUUAGCAAAUAUAUACAUUUAUUAUAAUAAAUUGAAGUGGGAAGAACCGAAAAUAUGAAAGUUUUUGUUGGAUGCGCAAUUAUCGUGGUGGCGUCAGUAUUUGCCACCGCAACAGCUGAAGCCGAUGCUGGUUUCUUCAUACCGAAAGCGUUUUACACGCUCGAUGCUGAGGGUCACAAAACACAGCCUCAUCCUGUGAGCCCACAUACUGCUCAGUACCUGCGCCGUUUGCGUCGACAAACUUUCAGUUCCUCAUCAUCUUCAUCGUCUUCAUACUCGUCAUCUGGAAAUGGACGACCUAUUGUUUUUGGCCAUGUUAGUACCUCUUCGACCAACCCUAGUGGAACCGUAAGCAUAAGCCAGCGCUUUGGCGACGAUGGCAGCUCAUCGUAUUCACACAAUACCCCCAAUGUGGGUGUUUACUAUCCAACGGGAAAUAGCGGUGGUUAUAGUGGUGGUUAUAGCGACAACUAUAACAAUGGUCAAUAUGAUAGUAGUGGUAACAGCUACAACAAUGGUCAAUAUCACGCUAAUGGCAAUCAGUAUGAUAACUAUGAUGACAAUACAAGCGCUGGUAAUUACCACACAGUACCACAAUAUUCAUCGGUCUCUGCUUCUUCAUCACUGCUAUCCAACGGCGGUCCGGUCGUCUUCAAAACCGAACAGUCAGUGACAUCGAAUAAGGCAAACCCUAAUGUGCAGAAUCGUUUCGGUGGUGAUGACACGCCUCAAACGGUCAGCAAAACAGUGUCCACUACCGGUUACAUUGACGAGAAGGGCGUUGUACACUCGAAGACAACCACUACAAAAAAUUAACUUAAUAUAAUUGAAUUUUUAAUGUAGUAUUUUUAUUUUUUUAUUCACAUUAAUUUUGUUCGCAAUAAAAUAGAUUAAUUUGGAAAAUA